CGACGUGUAUUUCAAGUUGUGGUGGGAGAAACUAUAGCCUUUUCGAUACGGUAGCUAUGAUUCAGUAUACACUUUCUAAUCGCCGCGAUCGGUCUAGAUAAAACAAUAUUUUAUCGAGCGCUAAAAAAUGUCUUACGAAAAUUUAAAAUCGUUGCUAUCAGCUCAUAACCAAGAGCAUUUGUUAAAAUACUGGCCGGAAUUAAGUGAAAAAGAGCGGGAAAAUUUGGAAAGUGAAAUUAAAAAGUUGGAUUUGGCGGAAAUAGUUAAUUUAUUCGAACGCGCGAACGAGUCGUCUAAAGUUAUUUUGGAUAAGCUUGAAGAGGAUUUGAAGCCCAUUCCUGAGACUCACUAUGAAGCGGUACCCUCGUUAACCCAAGAAAAAAUUGAAGAAUAUGAAAACAUUGGUUUCAAAGAAAUUUCUCUGAACAAAGUAGGUGUUUUACUGCUGGCUGGUGGCCAAGCUACUAGACUUGGGUUUGGCCAUCCGAAAGGUAUGUAUAAUGUUGGCCUACCCUCGGGUAAAACACUAUUCCAAAUCCAAGCGGAAAGGAUACUCCGCGUGCAACAAAUGUCUCUGGAAAACACUGGGAAAAAUGGUAAAAUUACCUGGUAUAUUAUGACAUCAGAGCACACUGUAGAACCGACUAUUGAAUUCUUCAAAACUCAUAAUUAUUUUGGUUUAAAUGAGGAGAAUAUUGUUUUUUUCGAACAAGGUACAUUACCAAGCUUCGAUUUCAAUGGUAAGAUCAUACUAGAUGAAAAAUACCAUAUAUCAUGUGCUCCUGAUGGUAAUGGUGGAUUAUACAAGGCUUUGAAAACUCAAGGUAUACUUGACGAUAUAUCGAAACGAGGUGUGGAACAUCUACAUGCCCAUUCAGUGGACAACAUUCUUAUUAAAGUUGCGGAUCCUGUAUUUAUAGGAUACUGCAAGAGCAAGAGUGCGGACUGUGCUGCAAAAGUAGUUUCAAAAUCUUACCCAACAGAAGCAGUUGGAGUUGUCUGCAGGGUCAAUGGACAUUACAAAGUCGUUGAGUACUCAGAAUUGACAGAUGAAGCUGCAGAGCGGAGAAACCCUGAUGGCAGACUUACAUUUUCUGCUGGUAACAUCUGCAAUCACUACUUCUCAGCUGAUUUUCUUCUGAAAAUCUGUGACUAUGAAUCAAAACUGAAGCUUCAUAUUGCAAAGAAGAAAAUCCCAUACGUUGACGAGAAUGGAAUACGUCAAAAACCCACAGAACCUAAUGGAGUCAAGAUGGAGAAGUUUAUUUUUGAUGUGUUCGAGUUUGCUAAAAACUUCAUUUGUUUGGAAGUGGCACGAGAUGUUGAGUUUUCUGCAUUGAAAAAUGCAGAAGCGGCUGGAAAAGACUGCCCUUCGACUGCCAGGGAGGAUUUGUUCCGACUACAUCGUAAAUACAUACGGCAAGCCGGGGGAAUUAUUGAAGACAAUAUUGAUGUGGAAAUUUCUCCUCUAUUAUCAUAUGGAGGGGAGAAUCUGGAGGAGUUAGUUAAAAAUGAAGUGUUCACAAUUUCACCAUUCCACUUGAAGAGUACGAAGGAAUUGCCAACUAAUGGCUUGAACGGUAAUGGUACCCACUGAUGUUUGUUUUUUAAAUUUAUUUACGCCAUGGGAAUUACUGAAUAAUACAUAUCCUCACUUAAGAAACAACAGGGUAUAUAUCUGGAUCUUAAAAAAAACUAGAAACAUUAUGGUAUUGAUUGUGGAGUAAAAACUGUCCUCUUAAUGUUGUAAGUGUAGGCCUUUAAUUGCGGUUGCUCCAAUUAAAAAUCGCUACAAUAUAAAUAUCAGUUCUAUCACAAAAUUUGUCUGUUGAAAGAAAUAGGAAAGCGGCAUUAGUCUAGGAUAUAUGCAGUGUUGUUUCAGUCUGAAUUUCUUCUAUAAAUAACUGUAUUGUUUUAAAACACAAUGAACCAAUUUUGAUAUAAUUGUCUCAUCAGAAAAGUAUACAUUUUUAUACUGACUAUAAAAAUAGUUGGUUUUAUAUUUACGACCUCCGUGGUCGAGUGGC